CUAACAUUAACAUUGGGUCCUUCUACUCAAAACAAAGAUGGCGGCCUCGAGAAGAUGGGCGUUGUUGCGGCAGAUUGCUUUAAGGUUACGGGCAGAAUUGCACACCGGAUUACAAUCCAAAGAGAAACUGCAGUGCUUUUCAUUGUGUGCUAAAAGAAGCAUUGCACAUCCGACACUGUUAAACCUACCAAGAGUAAAUCAGCUUUCAGUCCGACACAUGUUUAUUCAGACCCAAGACACACCAAAUCCAAGCAGUGUCAAGUUUCUCCCUGGUAGACUGGUUCUGGAGAAAGGAACACUUGACUUUCCAAAUGCAAGUACAGCAGAAUGCUCUGCGUUAGCCAGGGAUCUUUUUAAAGUAGAAGGAGUUAAAAGUGUGUUCUAUGGACCAGACUUCAUCACAGUGACAAAGACAGAUGAUGAGGUAGCCUGGAAUGAUAUCAAACCCAAGAUAUUUGCUGUCAUCACUGAGUUUUUUGCAAGUGGAAAUCCCAUAACUACAGGGGAGCCACAAACUGAAAGUCACCAUUCUGGAGGUGAUGAAGAGGAUGAUGAAAUAGUUGCAAUGAUUAAGGAACUACUGGACACAAGAAUUAGGCCAACAGUCCAAGAAGAUGGUGGGGAUGUGAUUUUUAAAGGGUUUGAAGAUGGGGUUGUAAAGCUGAAGCUGGUUGGUUCCUGCACUGGGUGUCCAAGUUCCACGGUUACUCUGAAAAACGGAAUCCAGAAUAUGCUGCAGUUCUAUAUUCCAGAAGUAGAUGAGGUUGAGCAGGUGCAAGAUGAGGUGGAUGAAAUUAACUUGGAAGUGUAUUUAGAUCUUGAAAAAAAACUAAAGGACCAGUAGAAAUAUAUUUCAUCCAGGAGCAGUACAUCUAUCUCCCUUUUACUUGGUGAAAAUAUAGAUACUGAUUAUAAUGUGUGGCCUUUAUUGUAUUAAAGAACGGGUGUAACAUAUCGAUAGCGUUUGUAAUAGUAUCUGUUGCUAUUUUUCUGUCACCGGACCUCGGUUUUAAUGUAUUUCACCCUACUGAAAAAGCAUUUGUAAUGGUUCUCAACUUGCCCUUCUUGACUCAAACAAAUAUAAGUUUUACAGCAGCAUUUCAACAAGUCAGAGCCUUUUGAAGAAAUAUGUGGCCUGAUAUCAGAGAUGUAUUUUGUAUUUAGAGGGGUCAAAAUAUAAUUGAACAUAUUAUGCAUACAAAUGGUUAAGAUAUGUUUAUUCAUACCAAACAUUUAUAUUGUCUGUAAUAGUCUGUCUACUUAACUAAUGAUUCAUUUGACCAACCUACACCCAGCCCGGAUAAGCCACAGCUGGAUUUCUUUUCAGCAUUAUCCCAGCAGGAUGUAGGUUGAUCAGAUUAAACUCUUAGUUUGUUAAGUUUUACCCAAUUAAAUGUAUGCCAAUUUAACUGUGUGUAUUUUUAAAAUAUGUUGAUAUGUUUUGCUUCUACAAAGUAUGUGACAUUGAUUUACAUAAGCAAUGUGUGCAAUAUAUAUAUAUA